UUCUCAUGUUGAUUGCUUGUAUUUCAUAGAUCAACCAGAAGGGGGUGCUAAUGAGUCAAGCACCUCAGUCACAUAGGUAAAGACUCUUUGGAGGUUAAAGAAGAAGAGAAGGAACCGAGUGGUGACAGCCGAAGUCUGAAGUGAGCAGUCAGCUAAUGAUUCAAACGGAUCCCGGACAACUCGGUGGAAAACCUUGUAGGAACGAUUUCUUCUUUUCACUGGUCGCGUUUCGUAUCUUUUGUGUCGUCCGGUUGGAGAUCCAGCGUCAGUGAGUUAGUGGUGGCAAACUAACUAAGUGAACACUGUUGCUUCGGGUUUCGGCUAAAGAUAACGUUAAGGUGGACAUCUAGCGAGCCAAAGCUACAUUGCCCCAGUGUUUACGGUCCACUCCAGUCUCUCCUUUUCGUAGCCGUUUGGGUCUCAACGACGCGUCAGGUGGCCGGCCACUCGGUCAGGAUGGGUGACAUAAACCCAUCGACAUCUACUAACGCAUUUCAGUCGGAGGGUUUCAGUCCGCCGUACCGGAAGAGGAGGACCGUGGAGGAUUUUAACAAGUUUUGCACUUUUGUCUUAGCCUAUGCUGGUUACAUCCCAUAUCCACAAGAGGAAUCUCAACUUCGCAGUAGCUCCAGCCCCCCAAACAGUACAGGCAGCACAGCUGACAGCGAUGGCUGGACCCCAGGACUUCCAGCCACUUGUUCCCAGUGGCCCACAAAGGUCCCGCAAGACAGGAACAGGAAGCGCCCACAGGCUGGACUCGCACUGAGCGGACACACCAGGAGAGACCACACAACCAGCAGCCUGCACCCGGAUGACCACGGGAAAGCUGACAAGCUGAGGAAAAAGAAGAGGAGAAAGGAACGGGAUCAUCACUCUUUUGAAGAAAGCAGGGCACAGCCGGCCCACUCAGCACUACCAGAGGCGCAUCCUUCACUGUCCUUCGGUGGACGGAUGAUCAAAGAGGAGCCCGAGGACGACAUGAGCAUUCCCCUCCAUCCCACAUGCCUGCCGAGCCCUUCCUCCUGCAAAGAGGAGCCCAAGGAGGAGCACCACUCUUGGGAUGGUCGAGACCUCGAGGAAGGAGUGAUAAAGGUACAAAAGGUGGAGGGAUUUUCGGGAAACCGAACCGUGUUCCGGCAGGGAAAGCAAGUCGUGUUUAGGGACGAAGACGGCUCUGGAGAGGAUGAAGACAUAAUGGUGGACUCGGACGACGACUCGUGGGACCUGGUGACGUGUUUCUGCAUGAAGCCUUUUGCGGGCAGAGCCAUGAUUGAAUGUAACAAGUGCAACACGUGGAUCCACCUGUCGUGCGCCAAAAUCCGUAAAAGCCAUGUACCAGAGACAUACGUGUGCCAGAGCUGCCGGGACGCCCACGGUACCCCGGAUGCCCGCCGCUCCCACCGCUCCCGAGUCGGCCCGCGCAAACAUCUGCUAGACUAACCCCUGACCUCUGACAUUAUUUUGCUCCAGUUGACCACUUUCCUGUUGAACCGACACGUCCUAAAGUUCAGGUCUUGAACCCGUCGGCCUCUGUCCUCCACAGAAAACCGUAUUUUUGACGACCCCCUUGUUCCCAGGGUCUGAUCCUUUUCAAAGACUGUCGGCGUGCUGUUACAUGGGGUUUGUCUCUGCUUCCUACAGACUUUGCGCGUUAGGCAAUCACUGAAUAGAUCUGUCCGGUCGUGAAACGGCAGCAGACUGCUACUAUGGAACUUGUGAACACUGGAAACAUAUGGACUGCCACGCAGAGAGAAAACCCUCUCAACUGCCACCCACUCUGGUGCAUGCUGGACUCCGCGGGAAGGAAGAUUUGUCCUUUUUCCUUCCUUUUUGUAGAUGUUUCUUUUUAUCCGCCUGACCUUUGUCACAGAGAUGAAACAUCCCUUCAGGUUGCCUCCGUUGAACCAUUUAACAAGUCGAAACAAGAAGCCUGGUGGGAGGGGCCUCAAAUAGUAUUAAACAGACGGGUAUUCCACUAGAUCAACGAUGUAGGAGACGACGAAAGGAUCCCAUGUGUCCAGAUGCGUCACCUGUUUGCAGCUGUUUUUGCUAUUCAAGGGAAAUUAUAGAAAGAACCAGGCCCAGCUCUAACGGCUUUGACUUCAUGAGCUGUCCUGACAGUUUAAUGUUUCAGUAGCCUUUUUUCAGGUUGUUUCUUGGGUUUCAAAGCCCUUUCCAGUUCACCUGCUUCUUUUUCCGCUGCUAAGAAAACUUUUACAUUGUUGAAAACAAUCAAACGUUGGAGUUUUUAAAUGCCUUUGACAGGAUUUGAGCAGUUUUUGCCUAAACCUCACAGUUGGUGUCAAAAUAAUGUUUUUAGAGGAAACAUUUUACCAGAAGAAAGCAUAUCCUGACUGAAGUAGUGGUGAUAGAGCGAUUUUACUGAACAGUGCAGGUGAAAAUAUGCAUGCCCGUGUGUUUGAGCGUGUUCGCAGCACAGUCGCCGCAACGCUUUCUGCUCUUUCGGAGAAUUCAGUCAUAAAGAUCUGGAAGCUCAAGUGGAAGCAGGUUUUUUUUAUUUUUUAACAGAUCUCAGUCUCAAAGCACCUCAGUUUGAUACAGUAUUAAUCUUCCACACAAAGUUAAUGUUAUAAAAAGAAACGUUUUGGGACUUUUAUUGCUGUGUUUCUGUUUUUUUGUGUCAAAGACUUGAGGCUUUAUCAUACAUGUGCCACCUGCUGUCAGGCCUGCCGGUAAAUACAAAAGCCAUACUGUAAAGGGACAGAUUUUCACCACAGAAUGCAGAAUCCAUGACUUGACCAGGACACAUCUGACACAUGGAAGGAUUGAGUUUGCAGAAAGACCCGAGCUUCCAGAGUUCUGUAGUCUGGUUUUUUUCUUACCAACGUUCAUUUAAGAGUUUGAACCAGCAAUCACUGAAAUGGAAAGAUUUUUCAAAGGUUACUUUUGUUUACUUGAAUCCGGCACAAAAUGUACGUUUUGGUUUGUGUCCUAAAGCCGGGAGCGUUCGUAAUGUCAGCGACGGUUAUUGUGAUGGUUUAUUCCACUUCUGGAUCCCCUUGCUGAGAAAGCCUCGUCUGUACAGUGUUGCAAACUGUUUCUGUGAAACUAUUGUACAGUAUUGUAAAUAAAGAGUUACCAUUUUACCUCUA